AUGAAUGGAAGUAAUUUGUGGCCUGCAACUGAUUACACCCCACCUUUACCUCCUGGUCGUAGAGCUAUGCCUGGGAGACCUUUAACUAAAAGGAAAAGGGAUGCAACAGAAACCCCAAACCAGUCAAGACACAACAAAAGAGCUUGUACUUUAACAAGGCCUCCUAAAACCAAAGCUAAAAGAAAAACAAAACAGGGUGUAGCUGAAGCUCUCAAUGAGGAUGAUGAAGGUAAUCAAUCUAAUGCAGUCAAUGAUGGAGGAGCAGUACAUGAUGGUGGAGAAGCAGUCAAUGAGGUGCAUGUGCAACAAGACUAUGAUGAGGUGGAACUCACUCCUUUGGAGUUUGAUGCAUCAGCUAUUGGAGAACCUAGUCAGGUUCAUGAGCAAGAACAGGAGGCUAGAGAAACACCACUUGCAACCCUGUUGAAGAAAACCAGGAGGAAGAAAUCUGAAAGGAUAAUCAAUUUGAAACUGGGCAAGAAAGUUGGUGGUGCAGAUGCACCUGGGAAUUCAGAAGCUAAACCUGUUACUCUAGAAUAA